AUGAGUAAGGCUUACGAUCGGAUUGAGUGGCCGUUUCUCCAGGAAGUUCUCCGUUGCUUCGGCUUCGAUCCUAUAUGGGUGGACUGGAUUAUGGAAUGUGUCAGUUCCGUAUCAUAUUCCUUCCUCAUAAAUGGAUCUCCCCGAGGUCGUGUGCUGCCUUCCCGAGGCAUUCGACAAGGCGACCCGCUCUCCCCUUACCUCUUCAUACUUUGCACCGAGGUUCUCUCUGGCCUUUGUCGUCAAGCUCAAGAAAGAGGUUCACUCCCGGGUCUGAAGGUGGCUCGCAACUCCCCGACAAUCAACCAUCUUUUGUUCGCAGAUGACACUAUGUUCUUUUGUCGGACUGAUCACAUGAGUUGUGCCACGCUCCAGAGUAUUCUUACUCGGUAUGGAAACGCCUCAGGCCAGAUGAUUAACCUCCUGAAAUCUACCAUUACCUUCUCUUCCAAAACUCCUGCCGAGGCGAGGAACCGAGUCAAGCUUCAUCUCCAUAUUGACAAAGAAGGCGGCAUUGGCAAGUAUCUAGGUUUGCCGGAACACUUCGGCCGCAGGAAACGAGAUAUUUUUGCCAGCAUUGUCGAUAGAAUAAGGCAGAGAUCACACAGUUGGACAACAAGCUUUCUCUCGGGAGCCGGGAAACAAGUUCUUCUCAAGGCGGUUUUGGCUGCGAUGCCCACGUAUGCUAUGUCAUGCUUCAAGAUUCCGGUCUCACUAUGUAAACAAAUCCAAUCUGUAUUCACACGCUUCUGGUGGGAUUCUAAACCAAACCUCAAGAAGAUGAGCUGGAUCUCUUGGGAUCGGCUUACUCUCCCCAAGUCUGCGGGUGGUCUCGGUUUUAGGGAAAUUGAGAAAUUUAAUGAAGCUCUCCUUGCUAAGCUAGCCUGGCGGAUCCUCACAGACCCUAACUCUCUGCUGUCUCGAACCUUACUGGGCAAGUAUUGUCACACUUACUCCUUUAUGGAGUGUUCUUCACCGAGCUCUGCCUCUCAUGGCUGGAGAGGAAUUCUUGCAGCCCGAGAUGUUUUGAAAAAAGGAAUGGGUUGGCUGGUGGGAAACGGGAAAGACAUCAAUAUCUGGACGGAGCCUUGGUUGGCUUUAGAUAAACCGACCAGGCCCACUGGUCCCCCACCUCUCAACUCCAUUAAUCUUUGUGUUCAAGACUUGUUUUUACCAAACUCCACCUCGUGGAACAUCUCAGCUAUUCGCUUGCACUUACCUCACCAUGAGCAGGACAUACUUUGUUUAAACCCGAGCUCUUUUGGAAUGGUGGAUACCAGGGUGUGGCUCCCAGAACGGUCGGGUGAUUACUCAACUAAGACAGGGUAUGCUCUCUCCAAGCUAAAUGCCACACCUCCUCGUGAUCAGGCUUUCAACUGGAACCAAUUUGUGUGGAAUGUGGCUACCUCUCCCAAGACUAAACAGCUUCUCUGGAGAAUUGGAAAUAAUGCUCUUUCAGUGGGAUCAAACCUUCUUGCUCGUGGUAUUAUGGUGGACGGGGCCUGCAAGCGUUGCGGGGCACCGGAGACAAUCCUACAUGUGCUCCUAAACUGUCCUUUUGCUUCAAGGGUAUGGAACCUGCUCCCAGCGAAUCUGAAACCAUCACCUGAUACCAGCACCACAAUCUCCCUGCUCUUACAGAAUAGCAAAAAGACUACCUGUUUACCUCCCACGGGGGUCAGCAACCCGGUUCAUCCAUGGCUGUUCUGGUACUUAUGGACCAGUCGUAACAAGCUCUUGUUUGAGAAUCUCUUACUUUCAGAAGAGGAGGUGGUUCUUAGAUCUAUCAAAGAAGCCAGAGCAUGGCAAGAAGCGCAAGUAAGAACCUGUCCCCCUACCAGCCGACCUAAACCUACUCGUAAGUCCUGCCCCACCUCAUCAGUAACUUCUGGAUUAUCCUGCUUUGUGGAUGCAGCUUGGGAUGUAAGGUCUGGUUUUGGUGGUAUGGGAUGGCUUUUCACUAGCCGUGAUACAGGUGUUAUCGCACAAGACUCAUCAAACCGUCGAUUUGUGGCCUCUGCUCUUGUUGCGGAGACACUUGCGGUUAAAGCUGCCCUUUCUGCAGCCGUCUCGUCUGGUUUCCGAGCUCUCACUAUCUACUCGGACUCAAAGACCCUCGUUACUUUGCUUACCUCAGGUGGCAAGUGUGUCGAGCUUCAAGGCUUGUUGCAUGAUAUUCAUAUGUUAUGUACCUUCCUUGAAUCUAUCUCCUUUUGCUUUGUUCCCCGUUCAGAUAACAUUGAUGCUGAUUCCUUAGCUAAGGCAGCUCUGUUUAAUCUCUCUUGGUUGGCCUCUGAGGCUUUGUAA